AUGAGCGGAAAGUGGUUCAAAGUGGACCCGGGCGCUAUCGAGGAGCGCGGGGGGAGGCUGGUGGACCGAGAGGAGGAAGGACUUCCUCGAUCGUUUGAUCAGUCGGUGUGUUUAUACACAUUAGCAUCACAAAGAUGCGGUCUCGGUCCGAGCUUCCUUUUUUUUGGUAGAGUUAAUCUCUCGCGAAAAAAAUUCACUAAGGGCGGAAAAAGAAACGGAUUCGAACAAAAAGUUGAAAUUUUUAAUUCGCUGGUGCGCGGGGAGCAGGGUGGGGGCAGGUCGUGGCAGCGCCGUCGGCCGUGCGCCGGGCGCCGGCGUAGUCUCGCGCAGGCCUUCGCGGAGAGCGAGCCGCUCCGGUGUGUACAUUGCCGCGCGUGUGUAGCCCCGAGCCCUGCCCGCCGCCCGUCCCGCGCAAUGGUGCUGUCCGCGUGCGUGCGCGCCUCCUCGCGCCCCUUCUGCACCUCCUACGAAGAGUCGGGUGAUCUUAUCAAGUCGCCCUCGCCGCCGCCCAGUCAUGACGGUUCGGCGAGCGGCGAAGGCAGCGGCGACGAGCGCGCGUCUCCCGCGGCGCUGGCGCUGCCGAUGCCGCGCGCGCACGCCGUGUCCGCCGCCUCCGCCGCCACCGCCGCCGUGCUGAGCGCGGCUGGCGCAGGAAAUGCUUUGGCCCAGUUACAGCAUUUACUGCUCACGCAACACGGCGCGCAUUCACUACUUCUACACACACAAGUGCAACAAGCAGUCGCACAAGCCGCAGCGCAACAGUUGCAACAACUUCAAGCGCGAGCAAAUGCCAGUCAGCCAUCUAUCGAAGCAAGAUCACCUUCCCCGCGCGGUUCUCCUCCCGGCGCCGCAGCAUUCCUGACGCCGCACACGCCCGGGCCCGGCCGCGCGCGCUCGCCGCACACGCACCACCACGCCCACGCGCUGCACACGCACGCGCACGCGCACUCGCCGCACCACGCGCACGCGCAGGCACAGGCGCAGGCGGGACACUCGCCACUCCACGCGCACGCGCACAAGCCACGCGCGCUGGAUCCGGCCGACGACACUGCAGAUCUAGAAGAACUCGAACACUUCGCCAAGACCUUUAAACAACGCAGAAUAAAACUUGGUUUUACGCAGGGCGACGUAGGCCUCGCGAUGGGCAAGCUAUAUGGAAAUGAUUUUUCUCAAACUACUAUAUCAAGAUUCGAGGCGUUGAAUCUCAGCUUCAAAAAUAUGUGCAAAUUAAAGCCGCUCCUGCAGAAGUGGCUCGAGGACGCGGACUCGUCUAUGAGCGGGGGUGGCGGCGGCGCCACGCUCGGCGCCGGCCUGGCCGAGGCGGUGGGGCGCCGCCGCAAGAAACGCACGUCCAUCGAGUCUGGCGUCCGCGUCGCGCUUGAAAAAGCUUUUCUUCACAAUCCUAAGCCCACUAGCGAGGAGAUCGCCGCAUUGGCAGAUUCGCUGUGCAUGGAAAAGGAGGUUGUACGCGUCUGGUUUUGCAACCGGAGACAGAAGGAGAAACGUAUCAACCCGCCAGCGGGCGAGGUUGGCGGUGCGUCGUCGCCCGGCGGCGGCGGGUCGCUGCUGCCGCUGACGCACCCGCUAGCGCACGCACUGCCAGCGCACGCGCACUUGCACGCGCACGCGCCGGCACACGCGCACGCGCACGCGCACGGGCCGGCGGCGGCUCACGCGGCGCUGCAGGCCGCCGCGCUGCAACCGCUGGCGCUGCUGGCGCGCACCCCGCGCGAC